UAUCUAUUCUCACCUUCACUGCAUCAACUAUUGAAACCCCAUCUCUCUUGUUUCUUUCCUUCUUUGCUCUUCCUGUUUCGCCAAGUGUUGUUUACUUACAUGUUCAUCAAAUCUCCUUCUUAAUCAAUCUCACCACUUAGCUUCUGAUCGAAACUGGAUCACUCCAUUUCUCCUUAUCUUCCUUAAUCAAACCUUUAUAAAAACUCUCCCAUCAUGUAAUAUCUUCCCUCACAUAUUUCCACCGAUUUCUCCAAACAAAAAAAAACAAAAAAAAUAGUUAAAUUCUCUUGUUGUAUGAUAAGCAAGAAACUCUAGUUUGAAGCUGGAAAUUUCGAAAAUAUCCGUUCCGUAAAUCCACAUUUAUAAAAGCUGUCAAAUUAUGUAAUCUAAGCCAAGCCUAUCUUUCUUUUUAUUUUAUUUUUUUUAAAAAAAAAACAAAAAAAAAGUAGUUUUUAGCUGUGAGUCUUGUGACUGAUCAAAUGGCGGAAUCUGAGGGGGGAACACCGACAAUGCCGGCGACCCCGGGGACGCCUGGGACCCCGGGAGCGCCGCUGUUCACUUCACUUCGAGUGGACUCACUGAGCUACGAGCGGAGUGAUCGGAAAACAGCGCCGCGGUGCAUGUGUUUUCCGGUGGAUGCAGGUACGUGGGGUGGUGCACCUCAUACUUGCUUUGGAGCUGGCAUCUCUAUUCCUGACGUUUCUCUCACUCGAAAGCUGGGAGCAGAGUUCAUAGGAACAUUCAUCCUAAUCUUUGUGGCCACAGCAGGGCCAAUAGUGAACCAAAAGUACAAUGGAGCUGAAACCCUCAUAGGCAAUGCAGCCUGUGCUGGACUUGCUGUCAUGGUUGUUAUUCUCUCCACUGGCCAUAUCUCUGGAGCUCAUCUCAACCCUUCUCUUACCAUUGCAUUCGCCGCUCUUCGACAUUUUCCGUGGCUUCAAGUUCCUGCCUACAUUGCGGCUCAGGUUUCGGCUUCCAUUUGUGCUUCCUUUGCUCUUAAGGGUGUCUUUCAUCCUUUCUUGUCUGGUGGUGUUACCGUCCCCUCUAUUGGCAAUGGUCAGGCUUUCGCCCUCGAGUUCCUCAUCACGUUUAAUCUCCUCUUUGUUGUCACUGCUGUCGCCACAGACACUCGUGCAGUGGGAGAGUUGGCAGGAAUAGCAGUUGGAGCUGUCGUUAUGGUUAACAUUCUGAUCGCCGGUCCAUCAACUGGUGGCUCAAUGAAUCCGAUCCGCACGCUUGGACCAGCCAUUGCAGCAGGGAACUACGAAGGUAUCUGGAUAUACAUGGUGGCCCCGACACUCGGUGCACUGACAGGGGCAGCCAUCUACACAUCCGUGAAGCUCCGCGAUGAUGAGGUUCAGCCAUCACGCUCCGUGAGGAGCUUCCGUCGCUAGGCAGCCUAGCUCACUCUCUGGAAAUGAUGGUAAAUAAGAACUUUUCAUGAGCCAUUGCUAUUAAAAGAUAUUGUGUGUUUGAGAAUAAAGGUGUAGGACAUUGAAAGAUAUGACUUUUAAGUCCACUCCUAAGGCUUUGUAAGAUAUGUGUGAUGUUUGCUUAAUCAGUGUGCUGUGUGUUUGAGUUUCAAGCAUUGGCGUUCAUGUAAAAUGGAUGAGUGGAUGAUUGAUUGUGACUGUGUAAUACUACUGUAUGGUUAUGAAACCCUUGUGCAAUGUAUAAUAUAUUGGACUUUGUUGAAUA